CACUCCCUCCCCCGCCCGCUCUCCGUCCCACUGCCCGCCCCCCACCCGCGCGCCGCCGCGGCGAUGGACUCGCUCCGCCUCCGGCCGUCCUCGCUCCGCUCCGCGCCCGGCGCCGCCGCCGCCCGCCGGCGAGAUCAUAUUCUACCAUCAUUUUGUUCGAUCCAACGAAAUGGUAAAGGGCGAGUUACUUUGUCCAUCCAAGCAUCCAAAGGCCCUACCAUUAAUCACUGUAAAAAGUUCUUGGAUUGGAAAUAUUCCAACCAUAGGAUAUCACAUCAAUCAAUAAAUACUUCUGCAAAAGCUGGGCAAUCGCUACAGCCUGAAACUGAAGCACACGAUCCUGCAAGCUUCUGGAAGCCAAUAUCAUCUUCUCUGGACGCGUUCUACAGGUUUUCUCGGCCACAUACCAUCAUAGGAACAGCACUAAGCAUAGUCUCAGUUUCCCUUCUAGCUGUCGAGAGCUUAUCUGAUAUUUCGCCCUUGUUCCUCACUGGUUUGCUGGAGGCAGUGGUGGCUGCUCUUUUUAUGAACAUCUAUAUUGUUGGAUUGAAUCAGUUGUUCGACAUUGAAAUUGACAAGGUUAACAAGCCAACUCUUCCACUAGCAUCUGGGGAAUACUCUCCUGCAACUGGAGUUGCAAUAGUGUCAGUAUUUGCAGCCAUGAGCUUUGGCCUUGGAUGGGUUGUUGGAUCACCACCUCUGUUUUGGGCUCUUUUUAUUAGCUUUGUUCUUGGAACUGCUUAUUCAGUCAAUCUGCCGUACUUUCGAUGGAAGAGAUCUGCUGUUGUUGCAGCACUCUGCAUAUUAGCAGUGCGUGCGGUGAUUGUUCAACUGGCAUUUUUUCUCCACAUUCAGACAUUUGUUUUCAGAAGGCCGGCAGUCUUUUCAAAGCCAUUGAAAUUUGCAACUGCCUUCAUGACAUUCUUCUCAGUUGUAAUAGCAUUAUUCAAGGAUAUACCCGAUAUUGAAGGGGACCGCAUCUUUGGAAUUCAAUCUUUUAGUGUUAGAUUAGGUCAAAGCAAGGUUUUCUGGACUUGUGUUGGUCUACUUGAGGUUGCCUACGGUGUUGCGAUACUGAUGGGGGUAACUUCUUCCAGUUUGUGGAGCAAAUCUCUAACUGUUGUGGGCCAUGCAAUCCUCGCCAGCAUCUUGUGGAGCAGCGCACGGUCCAUCGACUUGACAAGCAAAGCUGCGAUAACAUCCUUCUACAUGCUCAUCUGGAGGCUGUUCUACGCGGAGUACCUGCUCAUCCCUCUGGUGAGAUGAGGACCGACAAGCAGCCCACGGAAGAACUUCAGUGCCGGAGUACAGCUGUGCGAAUCCAUUUGAAUUUCGGAUGGUCACGGACCGCGCCCAAUAAAACUCCCAGAGCCUUGCCCCGGUACAUCGUUGAUUUUCCAGCCAUGAAUGGUGAGAUCACCACCUAAAGAUGGAUAACCUCCCCAUGUACCCAAGCUGGGCCAGGUGAGCUGUAGUUUAGUUGAUGCUAGCGAGCAACAACUCCUGCAGCAGGCACGCGGCUGCCUGGAAAAUAAGGCUCCCCACUCCCAAUUACAUUCUGUUGUACGGUUUUAGUACUUGUGAAUUUUGCUCUGGUCCGUUGUUGUCUAGGAUGUUUGGAACAUUGCGCAGACUUUCUUAUAUCUUACCGGGAGGGGUGAAUUGGCAAAAUUGGUCCCUUUUCUGAA